AUGGAAUUACUUUAUACAUUACUUCAAAGUUUAAACACCAAGAAACAUAUUAAUAUUGCAAUUGAUGGAUAUGCAGCAGUUGGAAAAACAUCAGUUAAAGAAGCAAUUGCGAAUCAAUAUGAUUAUCAGUUUAUUGAUUCUGAGUUAUUUUAUCGAUAUGUUGGUCAUUAUUAUAAUGAUUACUCAAUUGACCAAAUCAAGCAAAUCUUCAAUGAAGAACAGAUAUUAGAACUGAUUAAUUCUAUCAAACAUCUUGAUAAAGAACAAUAUCAAGAAUCAGGAAUUAGAGUAGCUCAGAUAUCAACAAAUAACAAAUUAUGUGAUAUUAUAAAUGAAACAAUUAGAAAAAUAGUCAAGAAUAAAGGAUUUGUUGUA